UCCUCCCUUCUCUCCUGCGCCUCUCACUGCCCAUGCUCCUGUUCCUCUGACCGAAGCUCAGAGCCGUAAUGGCGGCCGCGGAGCACCGCACACAGACCCCGUGUCCCAGUCCAUAAUCCUACGUCCCCCGCGCAGUCACGGCCCGGACUUGGCUCCGGGCUCCAGGGAGGACUCUCCGCUUUGACUUUACCCGGAUAUAGGCGCGUAAAACAUGGACGAACACCCGGGAGCGGGGGGGAUGACGGCGGGACAGACACGACAGGCUACGCCGCCUCAGCAGCACUCUCCGCCGGGCAACAACGGCAGCGCGGCCCCGCCUCUGUCCGGAGCUCCAGGAGGUGUCAUGCUGAGCCACCAGGCCGACGAGCUGCCCCGGCCCCAGCAGCAGUACACCAUCCCCGGGAUCCUGCACUACAUCCAGCACGAGUGGGCCCGCUUCGAGAUGGAGAGAGCGCAUUGGGAAGUGGAGAGGGCCGAGCUCCAGGCCCGUAUCGCGUUCCUUCAGGGCGAGAGGAAAGGACAGGAGAACCUAAAGAGCGACCUCGUCCGCAGAAUAAAGAUGUUGGAAUUCGCCUUAAAACAAGAGAGAGCAAAAUAUCACAAACUAAAGUACGGCACAGAGCUGAACCAGGGCGAGGUCAAGUCUCCGAGCUUCGACGCCGACACGAGAGACUCUGACGUGUCGACGGUUCCUCCCAACAGUCAGCUCACCUGGAAACAGGGAAGACAGCUGCUCAGACAGUACCUCCAGGAGGUGGGCUACACAGACACCAUCCUGGACGUUCGGACCCAGAGAGUGAGGUCUCUCCUGGGCCUGUCCGGCUCCGAGCCCAACGGAGCCGUGGAGAACAAAAACCUCCCCCUGAUCAACGGCACCGACAGACGGAAAGACAAGAGAAGCCCUGGAGAUGUUUUAGAGACGUUUAAUUUCUUGGAAAACGCAGAGGACAGUGAUGAAGAGGAGGACGAGGAAGGAGAGGGGGAAGUGAUGGACCUGAGCGACAAACCACGGGCCAAAAAACACAAAAUACACCAGGCGGGAAAUGAGAGCCUGGCAACAGAGGAGGAUGCAGACACAGAGGAGGCUCUGAAGGAAUUCGACUUCCUGGUCACAGAAGACGGAGAAGGAGCUGGAGAAGCACGAAGCUCCGGAGAUGGAACAGAGUGGGCCGAGCCUCUAGCGUUCCCAUCCUCCGGUGGAAAAUCCUUCUUGUUGGGAGGAGAGGCAGUUUUGGAGAGUGUUCUGGGAUUGGGUGACCUCGCUGACCUCACAGUGACAAAUGAUGAGCCUGACUACGGAUACGAUCUUCAGUCGAGUCAAGAGUCCUCAUUCAGAAAAACAUGGAACCCCAAGUACACCCUGAGGAGCCAUUUUGACGGUGUCCGAGCUCUGGCUUUUCACCCCACUGACCCCGCCCUCCUGUCUGUGUCUGAGGACCACACAAUGAAGCUAUGGAACCUGACCAAGACUGUGCCCGCCAAGAAAAGUGCCUCUUUCGACGUGGAGCCAGUGUACACGUUCAGAGCUCACAUAGGUCCGGUCCUGUCUCUGGCUGUGACUCCCAGUGGGGAGCAGUGCUUCAGUGGAGGUCUGGACUCUUUCAUUCACUGGUGGAACAUCCCCAGCACCAACACGGAUCCAUACGACACAUACGACGCCAGCGUCCUGGCGGGCUCAUGGGGUGGACACUCGGACGCCGUAUGGGGAUUGGCUUUCAGCGGAAUCAAGAACCGUCUCCUCUCAUGUUCUGCAGACGGAACUGUGAAACUAUGGAACCCCCAAGAGAGAGCCCCCUGUGUGUGUACUUUCAACGCAGACAGAGAGCACGGGACCCCCACUUCCGUGGACUUUAACGGUACCGACCCUGCCCACAUGGUGGCGUCCUUCAGCUCUGGAGACGUGGUCCUGUACGACCUGGAGACGUCCCAGAGUGCACUGGUGCUGAAGGGGCAGGGCGACAGUGUGGUUCCAGGCAUGAAUCACAUAAAUCGAGUGGUGAGUCACCCCACGCUCCCUGUGACCAUCACCGCCCACGAAGACCGCAACAUCAAGUUCUUCGACAACAAGUCAGGUAAAAUGAUCCACUCGAUGGUGGCUCAUCUGGAUGCCGUCACCAGUUUAGCCGUUGACCCUAACGGAAUCUACCUGAUGUCCGGCAGUCACGACUGCUCGGUGCGGCUCUGGACUCUUGACAGUAAGACGUGUGUGCAGGAGAUCACCGCUCACAGAAAGAAGAGCGAAGAGGCCAUCUACGACGUGACCUUUCACCCCUCCAAAGCCUACAUCGCCUCCGCCGGGGCCGACGCACUCGCCCGGGUCUAUGUCUGAGACCGGAUCUGAGACCGGACUAGGGUCUAUGUCUGAGACUGAGACUAAGGCCGGACCAGGCACCGGACCAGGGUCUGAGGGUCUGGACCAGGGUCUGAGGGUCUGGACCAGGGUCUGAGGGUCUGGACCAGGGUCUGAGGGUCUGGACCAGGGUCUGAGGGUCUGGACCAGAGUCUCAGUCUGAGACUGAGACCAGGGUCUAUACGUCUAUGCGAGGACUGAGACCGGACCAGGUCUAUGUAUAAGACCAGACUGAGAACUGGGUCUGGUCCAUAGACUGUAUGUAUAAAUGGGCAUAUUUAUCGCACUAGGCACCUCGUUCCAAACAGGAAAUGAGCAUGGGCUCCAUUGACUCUGACUUCAGUUCACUUUCUAUGUAAAAAGCGUUUCCCCCCUCUCUCUGUAACUGCUGCUGUCAGACUCGUCAUUCUGGGGUGGGAUGGCCUUCAACAGCUUUGCUCCUGAUUGGUCCUCUGGUUGCUAUGAUACUCACAGUCAGAAUUCCAUCUAUGGAACUGGGCUCCAAAUUCGCUGCUAUAGCUGCUAGAGUUGAUGAGCUUCAUUUGGAGCUGAAUGCUGUGGGUGACCACACACUCACUCAGUCCACUUUUUUAUACAGUCUAUGGACCAGACCUGAGACCAGGGUCUGUCUGAAAUCAAAACUGGGACUGGUCCAGGAUCUGAGGGUUUGGAACAGGAUCAAGAAUGAAUCAGGAUCCUACCUGGGUCUAUCAGGGAUCUAAACCAGGUCUUAGGUCUAAGGUCUAACCAGACUCUUCAAGAUCCGAGUCAGGAUCAGAUCUGAACUAAGACUUGGAUUUGACCAGGAUCUUAGUUUGGACUCCAGAAUCGGGCCCAUGUCUCAUCAGGACUUGUGUCUGGCUCCAGCCCCCAGGGAAUCAGGUCUAGACUGAAACUGGACUUGGACUCAGCCUUUGGUCCCGGGUCAGACUUGGUUUUAACACUUUGAUUUCAGAGAUGUUAUAUGACACAGGGUAACACAACAAAGUAAUUUUAUUUUUAUGAAUUUGUAAAACUAAAUUAAGUAAAGAUUUUAUUUCAGAAUAGUCCUGGUUUAGUCCUGGUUUAGUCUUGGUUCAGUCCUGGUUCAGUCCUGGUUCAGAUCCUCUUCAGACUAGUUUGAGCCGUGGGUAAUAAGCUUUAACACAGUUGUAAACACAUUUUGGGGGAAUUGUUAUGUUGUUAAGUUAAAAUUGUUAACUUAACUUUGUUAAGUUGAGAUUAAAGUUGAGGUUAAAAUCAGGUCUGAACAAAUAUUUCACUAAAAACGAAACAGUUAAAACCCUCACACUUACGUUACACUUGAACAUGGCAGAUCCUCUUAAACCGAGGCUGAAGCAGGGCAAAGUCAAACACACAUCUAAAUACUGUGUUGUGUUUGAAGAAUUUCUCAAAAUAUAGAUUUGAAACCUAAACACAGCUGCAGAAACAAUAAGAUACUUAUUUUUCAUAAAUAAUUAAAGGCCUCCAUAAAUAUACAAGAACAUGACACAAAACUGUUCACAGCAACUUGACAAACCUGUUGUGAUGUGCAGUAGUUUCAUUAGUGGGAUGCAGCUGAUUGUGUUGUGAUAAUGCUCUGAAGGGGGAGUGACUUAGCAUAGAGAGCACUUUAAUAUCCCAUACAAGCAAAAAUACCCCCUCUUUAGCAUCCCUUAAUUUCAAUAAAUUCACAGAACUUGAUUUAAAAUAUUUUAAAAUGUCUCAACUGAGAAAUAUGUCAAUUUUUAAACUGGUCUCUUUUUGUUCCUGUGGCUCUGGCCUCCUCAGACUCUGCUCCGGCGCCUCUCGUUCUCAUGUUUCAUUUGUUUGUUUUUGUGUAAAUUAAAUCUAGUUUUUAUAAUGAUCUUUUUAUAAACAGACCCGUCCAGAUCCGUCACUGCCCCACACUUCCUGCUUCAUGUCACAUGACCAGGAGCAGCUUUGGGAUUCGUUAAGAAGAGGAGCUGAGGAACUAAUGCUAUUUCAAGUUUACUCCUAGUUUAGUACUGAUUUAGUCCUGGUUUAGGCCUAGUUUAGACCUAAUUUAGACCUAGUUUAAACAUGGUUUGAUCUAGUUUAGACCUGUCAAGAUUAUUGGGUCAAUUAAUAAUUUGGAUUCUUCAGGUCAGGGCCUGAACCAAACACUAACUUUAAAUUAGAUGUUUUCUUUGAAUCUUCCUCAGCUCCUCUUCCUCUUUUAUUCUAAUUUUAUUUCCUGUUGCGCCUCCGAAUCGGCCAAUCACAGCUCUGGAUCCUCAAGAUUUGAAUUUUACUGCCUUUGGAUUGGUUGUUUUUAUUUGUUUUUACGAAGGGACGGUUUCCUGAUGUUACUAAAGCUUCAGUUUGUGUAAUGCAUGGUAAUAUUAAUAAUAAUAUGAUAAAGUAUUUUUUCUAGUCUUCCGAAAAAAGGACAAAAAAAGAGGAGUUUUGACGCGUUUUGUAAGUUUUGUUUUUGAAUGAUGAAAUUUUAAAGAUUGUACCACAUAGAAACAACUGUUGAAAUGUACAGAACAUGUCUAUAUAAUAUUAAAUGGUGAAAAACAGUGUA